AUGGUCAACCAAACUACAAAACAAAGUACAAAAGAAGGUAGUGAAAUUCGUAGAAAACCAAAACUAAGGCCUUUUUCUGCAGGUGUCAUCGAUUCAAAGAAAAAAGAAGCCGUAAAAGUGGCCAGAUUUAUGACAAAUUCACCCAAAAAAGCACCAACAUGUAAACAUGAAUCAUUAAUAGAAGAAUUAAAGGAUACAAAUGAACGGAUAAAGAGUUUAGAAUUGUUAAACGUUCAAUUAACAGAUGACAAUAAAGUUUUACGUAAGAAAUUAGACCAGGUCAAUGAACAAAAUUAUGUUGCUGAAUUAAAAGUGGCUGAAUGUGAAAAAUUUGUAAACAGACUGUCAAAAGAAUAUGAAAAUAGAAUUUCUGAACUAAAAGCUUCAAAACAAAAUGAGCAAAGUUUAAUGGCUGAGUUAGGAAAGGAAAGAAAUGAAAGAAAAAAUAUCGCUAUACAAAGAGAUAAAGAUGCUGCAGUCAUCCAAGAUCUUCAGAGACAAGUUAAAGAAGUGGAAAUGAUACUAAGAAGAAAACAUCCAGAUUCAGUGUCGGCCUUAAUAGUCGCUUCAAAAUCCACGUCGCUCGAAGACAAUAAAAAAAAAUUACUGGAAGAACGUAUUGCGAGAUUAGAACAAGAGCUAAAAGACAAGGAGACUCAUUUUCAGGGAAUUUUACUAACUCUUCAAGAAAAAUUUGGUGAUAUGAAACAAAAAUACGAGAGCCAUAUAAUAGAUGUUGAACGACAGCUCAUGGAGGAUCGUAAAGUAAAUAACAAUUUAAAAAAUAAAAUAAACAAAGCAAAUUUAAGUGAUGUCGCAGUACAAACGGUACCCAAAGCGCAACAUACAGUUGGGACCCAAACUUUUAUUAAGACAGAUCGAGCGUCGUCAGCAGUGAGUCGACUGACACAGAAUUCGGCAUUAAUAUUCAAUAAGCUAAAAGAAGAUAGCUAUUUAGUAGCCACUAUAAAAGGGCUUCAAGCGGAACUCACUGUGAAACAGCGAACUAUAUCCAAAAUUAAUAGAGAAACUGAGGAAUUAAGGAAGAAUUUGCGAAAUUUGCAAAAGGAAAAGGAAGUAUUACUGAAUUUAAAUCCUCAAAGAAAAAUAUGUAAGCCGGCGAAAUCUGCGGAAAAUAUAAUGGCCAAAGUGAAUACGGAAAUGGAGGCGGAAUUAAGUCAAACAAGAAAACAGAAAGAGACAUUGGUCGAGGAAAGAGUGAGUUUGCUGGCGUCAUUAAAACGUACCAACGAAGACUUGAUAAUGCUAAAAAAGAAGAGAAUACAAGAUCUCCACACACUACAAUUGGCCCACGAAAAAGAACUAAUGCAGAUGAAUAUGCAGUUGUAUCCUUUGCAAGAAGAGAUCAAACUAUUGAACAGGACGGUCGAAAUAUUACAGGAGAGAGUGAGGGCGGCUGACGACAAACUGUUAAAUUACCAAUGUGGUGAGAAGAACGAUGUGCAUGCAGGUGGCGAUAAUAAACACUUUAGAACAAAAGAAUCGACGCAAAAA